GCCUAUUGCCGCAGCUGCACAUUGUGCAGAAGCUCUGCCAUGUAGCAGCUGUUUUGACCAUGGCGGAGGCUGCCGAAAUUGAGGCGUUGGCGCAAUCCUCCAAGCACACCAAAGGAAAGCUUCUUGAUAUUGGCGCGACUCUUCAACAGCAGAUCGAAGCUCUUGAACACGCGUCACGCCCUCGAGAAGCCACCCUGGAAGAGCCCGCAUUAAAGCGACAACGCCAGGAUGAAGGACAAGCUGCAACUCCGUCGACAUUUUUAAGUGGCGCGCUCCAAAGUGGUCAUGGCCAUGGAAAUGUUCCUACUUUACAAGCCAAAGCCGCAGCAACCAGGCCUCCUGAGCAAGUUGGUGGCGCAGGUAUUUGUCCCUGUACGGGAUGCAGCAUCGGCCCGGUCGGUUCAGUGGAUGCCUUUGGAGCGAAUCGGAAUCUCUUAAAGCCCAUUGGCAGCUUCGACGAUGACUGCAGCGGCUCUGGUUGCUCUUGUGGCAACAAUGGCUGCAACGGCGGCUGCAGAGGGAUGUGCGGUGAAGGCGGCUGUGGCAACUGUGGUUGUUGCCCCAGCUGUGGAACCGGCAGCGGUUGCUGCAAUGGUCCGUGCAGUGCCUGUGCCAACUGUGGAGGCUGCAAUGGCAACUGCAGUGGCAGCUGCGGUGGCAACUGGGGUGGCAGCUGUAGCAGCAGUUGCUGUGGCGGUUGCUGCGGAGGAGGCUGCUGUGGAGGUUGUUCUGGACCUAUUUGUGGCUGCGGUGGCUGCCCCUGCGGUGGUUGCGGGAGUUGCGGAGGUUGUGGCACUUGCGGUGGCUGUGGCUGCGGCUGUGGCAACUGCAAUGGGUGUGGAAGCUGUGGCAGUUGUGGCGGUUGUGGCAGUUGCGGCUGCAGCUCAUGCGGAGGUUGUGGCGCAUGUGGUGGAUGUGGCGGAUGCGGUGGAUGCGGUGGAUGCGGUGGAUGCGGUGGAUGCGGUGGAUGCGGCUGUGGUGGUGGCUGCAGAGGGUGUGGCAACGGUUGUAACGGGUGUGGAAGCUGUGGACAGGGGCCUCAGGGCAACCAGGGACAGGGCUGCGGCUGUGAUGGAAUGAAUUCCAUGAAUCCCAUGGCCAUGAUGGGUCAGAUGGCCAUGAUGAGUGCCAUGAUGGGUCAAAUGAUGGCCUCGGGCGAUGCCAAUGGCAGCUCGCCCAAACAGCAAAAGGAUGACGAGGAAGAUACGUCGACGUACGGCUCGUCCUUCAACGUCAAUCAUCCCAAUUACCGACCUCCGGAUAUGGAGCAAAAGCCAGGCAUCACAGACAAACGGUUUGUAGGGCGAAUCAAAUUCUGGUUUGAAACCAAAGGAUUCGGCUUCAUCGAGAGCGAAGAGUUCUCCAAAGUCUUUGGUGGUGACUCUGAUGUCUUCUUGCAUCACUUUCAAAAGAGGCACUUCCAAAGAGGUGAUCUCGUCGAGUUCAGUGUCUUCACCAAUUUUCGAGGAAAACCUCAAGGAACAGAGCUGAGAAAGGUGAAGCAGUGAGUGGCCCAGUGGCCCAAAUGCCUCAAGGUACGAUGAGAUGCCCCGCAAGUCGCAGCUCCCGGUGGAAACAUGUUUGGAAUUGUUUGGAUUUCUU